AAAAAAAGAAAGAAAGAGAGAUACGGAGAGAGAGAGAGAGAGAGGAGGAGGUGAGGCGAGAACGAAAACGUUUAAAGCAGAAGUGCAAAGAAAGAAGUCUUGACGCAUUUCGGUCUGGAGUUGUCACGUGACUCGCUGAAACGGGCAGAAUUAGGGAAGAUUAACAAAAUAUUUUCUAACUCUGGCAACAUAUACAUCAUUAUUUAUUAUAAUAAUACACUCCCCCAUAGACACAUGUGGCCAGGAGCACAGCUGCUGGCAGAUACCAACUCGUUCCCGCGAACUCCUCUUAAAUCUGUGCAUUUAAUACGAGUGACUGCACCCUAUAUCAUUAUCAAUCAUUUUUAUCCUUCCCAGGUAUGGGGUCUGUUGGCCUCAACGAUCCCUCAAUUAUCUACAAAAAAAGCCGUUCAAAAUGGUACCAUGGAAUCGCAGACUUCGCCAAUGUAAUGAAGGCAUUUAUUGGCACCAAUUAUUUAUCUGUACCAUAUGCUUUCAGUCAAAGUGGAAUUAUUGCGGGCUUGAUUCUACUUCUCAUCAUUGCUAGCCUUACCAGCCACUGUUGUCAGCUGAUUGUGAAAUGUAAAUACUAUGCUUUGGAUAUUCUUCUUUGGAAAUUCGAUGCCCGUCACCUGAAGUCAUCUGAUAAUAUGGACCAACAGCGCCUCGAGCUGGAAAGUCAACUACAGAAACAACUAUCCUAUGGAGACAUUGGCAUGAUUGCGUUUGGCCGUAUUGGUCAAGGUGUCGUGAACUUUUGUGUCUUUUUAACGCAGUUUGGUUACUGCAUCGGCUAUUCCAUUUUUGUUGGUAACACACUGCUAUCUUUUUUCCCCGUUGUUCCGCAAUGUGUGCUUUUACAUGUGGCAAACAACACUCAGCUUAACACCUCCUUAAGUUUGAAGCACAUAAUGGGAAUUCCUUCUAACCAAUUUAAUCGUUUACCAAACCACAGUAUAUCUUGGAACUGCACUAAUGUUUUUAACAAAAGUGGAACUUUAAUUCCACCUUCAGUGACUGAAACCCCUAAGGGCACUAAAAAAACAGUUAUCUCACACCUCAGUAACCACAAUGCCACUUUCCCAGUUACGACAUCAAUAUCACCUUUAAUAUCCACAGAUAUAAUCACUUCAUCUUCACAUAUUUUGCUACCACAUGUCUCCUAUGUAAAGAUGGCACCCAAUCUGUAUAUUCUCAUUUUGCUUCAAUUACCGAUUCUCAUCCUCUUCUCCUUUGUUCGAAAUAUGCGUGUCUUGGGAAUUAUAAGUAUUUGUGCCAAUGCAUCUAUUGUUCUUGGUUGGGGUGCCAUCAUGAUUUUCCUUUUCAUAAAAUUUUCAUUCAGUGAUGAGUUGAAAUUAAUAUCUUCAGAAGCAUCGAUAUUUUUUGGCUUGUUAGCUAGUGCCUUUGAAGGAAUUGGAACUAUUAUUCCAAUUGAAAGUAGUAUGGAUGGGAACCGCCACAAUUUCUCUAAAUUUCUUAACGGUGCUAUACUGAUAGUUAGCUUCAUUCUGCUGGUGCUUGGUUUGUUUGGUUACUUACGGUUUGGCUCUCAUGUUAACCAAUUGAUCAACCUGUCCCUUAUUCAUAGUGGUUUAGGUGCGCAUUUGCUUAAUGCCUGCCUCAUUGUUGCUGUGAUCUGUACAUAUCCUCUAAUGAUUUAUCCUGUGUUGCAGAUGAUUGAAAACUUUGUCUUUGUGCAAGAAACACUACCUGACAGUGAGACCAUGUCCACAAAUCUCCUAGAUUCAUUUGAAGAGGAUUAUCCAUUACCUGUAACCAAACCAAUUCCUUCAUCAGUGAGUUUUUUUUGUUUUUUUUUUGUUUUUUUGUUGUUUGGGGUGGGGGGGUUCUGUUGUAAUCUGCAACAAUUUAUUCAUCAAAAACAUCAUCUUAGACUGUGUCUCUGUUCUAUUUGUAUUGGGUGCCCAAUUAUACAUUUAACAUUAAUCAUACAAGAUUUGGGCUGCCAUCACUGCACUUAUAUAGAAGAGAGGCCCAAUGGAGAAACUUCGUCGUAGUAUGUCUUGCUAAAUAAGGAAGUUAAUCAUCACUAUCUUUUGUAUGUCCACUUUUGUACGGUCAGAUGUUCUUCCUGUUGCCAGCCCUCAUUUGUUUCCCAGUCAGGUAAUAUUUCCUCGUUAUCUGACAUUUUUCACAGAAGAUUUGGAGUGAACAACAUCACUUGCAUGAUGGAAACUUUUAUUUUCCAUUUAUCUUGCAAUGUCAAGGCAAAAAUACUGUAACACACACGCACACACACGACGGGUUUCUUACAGUUUCAAUCUACCAAAUCCACUCAAAGCUUUGGACAGCCUUAAAGGUUAUUGAAACUUUCUUUCUCAUGAGGAAAUCUUGUCUAUUUGCAUUUUUGUUCCUAGAUCAUAUAGCAGUGUGAUAAGAAAGAAGCAUCCAGAAUGGUGUUCACAUGCUUAUGUCCAAACCAAAUGACUACAUUAUAUGUCAUAAGGGAGAAGAACUUUUCAAAUUGCUUCUGAAAACUACAACCAUUGUAACUUGACUCUUAAGCGUUUUCCUUGUCUUGGCAUCAUGUAAUCAUCAUCAUCAUCAUUUAACGUCCACUCUCCAUGCUUGCUGAUAAGCCAGAGAGCUGCACCAGGUUCCAGUCUGAUUUGGCAUGGUUUCUAUGGCUGGAUACCUUUCCUUAUGCCAACUAUUCCAGAAGUGUAAUGGAUGCUUUCAUAUGACACUGACAUGAGUGCCAUUUACAUGGCACCAGCAAUGACCAUGACUACAAUGCAUGGGUUCCAUUUACAUGGCACCGGCAUGACCACAACUACAUUGCAUAGGUGCCAUUUACAUGACACUGGUAACAACCACGACUACAAUUUAUGAUGAUUCACAGGUGCCCUUUGAUGAUUAUAAAUGAGUAUUACCAUUAUACAAGUGAUGGUGAUUGUUUCCUGUCUCCCAUGAAAAAAAAAAAAUGUCUGGUCAUAGGAAAUAAAUUGGUUUCAAAUUUUGGCACAAGACCAGAAAUUUCAGAGAAGGGGAUAAAUCGAUUACGUCAACUCCAUUGCUCAACUAAUACUUACUUUAUCAACCUUGAUUGGAUGAAAAAGCAAAGUCGACCUUGGUAGAAUUUAAACUCAGAACAUGGAAACAAACAAAAUGCCGCUAUGCAUUUUGCCUGGUGUGCUAACGAUUCUGCCAGCUUGCCUCCCUCGUCAUGGGAAAUAUUACCUUGCUUGCAAACAGGUGGCAAGAAGGGUAUCUGGCUAUAAAAAAAAACCUGCCUCAACAAAAUUUCCAUUUGACUCAUGAAAGC